ACAAGAAGUAAGGACUAAGUCAGAAAGACAGAAGAAGACGUGUUUAAACUGAAGGGCUAUUUGGACUAUUUGAAGUUUAAAAUGUUUUAUUUUUUAAGUCAAAAAUGAGUUCUUGUAUUUGUAUCUUGACAUGAACAGUCAAGUUAACCAAAGCACACAAAGCCAGUUUAUGUGUUUGAACUUAUCUACUGAUCUAGAAACCAAAGGUUUUGAUUUACAGGCAGGCCAAUCAUGGAUUUACCCCACAAAUUAUCCCGUUCGAGACUAUCAAUUCAAUAUCGUUCAAAAGGCAUUACUUGAAAAUACCUUGGUUAGUCUACCAACGGGCCUAGGUAAGACCUUCAUUGCAGCAGUGGUGAUGUACAAUUUUUUUCGAUGGUAUCCCCAAGGAAAAGUUAUAUUCAUGGCUCCCACAAGACCCCUGGUGAAACAGCAAGUUGAUGCUUGCUAUGAUAUCAUGGCAAUUCCAAGGGAAGCUACAGCUGAGUUGACAGGUACAAAAGUUAUGAAUACUAGAGAAGAGGUUUGGAAAGAAAAACGGGUGUUUUUCAUCACACCUCAGAUUCUAGAGAACGAUUUGGAUACAUUUCAGGACCUGGGGCCAAGGAUAAAAUGCAUUGUUUUUGAUGAAGCCCAUAAGGCAAGAGGAAAUCAUGCUUAUUGUGAGGUGAUAAGAAAACUCAGUUCUUCCAACAAGUAUUUUAGAGUGUUGGCUUUGAGUGCCACACCUGGAGGGACCAUAAAUGAUGUUCUGGAAGUGGUACAAAAUUUGUUGAUUUCUCAUCUGGAGGUUCGUACUGAAGAAAGUUUGGAUGUGAGUCCUUAUGUAUUCCACAGAAAUUUAACAACAGUUGUUGUACCCCUUGGAGAAAAAUUACAGAGUGUGAAGGAUGAGUAUAUGAAGGUUUUGGAGCACUAUACAAGAAGUUUAAUAAAGUUCAAAGUGAUUCAAGGUAACUGUGGGAGUCUGACUAAAGGUAAAAUCUUCAUGACUAUGAAGAAUUACCAGCAGAGUGCUAGAGGCACAAGUGGAAAUUAUGGUGAGAUCAUGAAAAGUUUGAACAUCUGUGUGACACUCUACCAUGCUUAUGAGCUAUUAGUGAGGCAUGGUCUCAGAAGUUUCCUGACUUUUUAUGAAGAGCAUAUUAAUAAACCAUUACUAAGAGGUAACACCAGUAUCAUGGCCAUCAUGAAGGAUGUUGAAGAAUAUUUAGGGCCAGCAGCAAAGCUGGAACAGCUGCCUGAUGGUCAAUAUCCAGAAGUGUCAAAAGAUGUUAAGUUUGGGCAUCCAAAAUUUUACAAACUAAGAGAUAUUCUAGUGGAGCAUUUCAAGCUAAAAGGAAACUCUAGUAGGGUGAUAGUGUUCUUUGAGUUUAGAGAUUCUGUUAUGGAAGCUUAUGCACUACUCAUUCAAUCUAAACCCAUUUUGAAACCUAGGAUUUUUCUGGGACAAGGCCAUGGGAUUACACAGAAGCUACAGAUAAAUGUGGUAAAAGCUUUCAGAGAAGGCCAUUGCAACACUCUUCUGUCAACUAGUAUUGGUGAAGAAGGUCUAGAUGUAGGAGAAGUAGACCUGAUUGUAUGUUUUGACAUUUCCAACAAAUCUCCCAUUCGUAUGGUACAAAGAAUGGGCAGAACAGGCAGGAAAAAAGAGGGUAGUAUUGUCGUUUUGGUAACAGAAGGCAAGGAACAACAGACUCUCAAAGACUGUCUCAUACACAAGAACAAUGUUGCAGUUCAUGUGUUGGGUUCCAGAGAGUUGGCCAAAGGGUUGAAAGAGGAAAGUCCGAGAUUGGUUCCCGAGGGGUUGAUACCGAAAUGCGAGAAGAUUUUCAUCACCGUGAAGAAACCGAUUCUGAAAAAAAACAGUUCUCUCAAGGAUAUGUUUCGCAGCAUCUCUAGUAGUUCAUCUGAACCAACAUUUUCACCAGACUUGCAAAUUGUAGAAAUUGAAGAGAGAAUUCCAACAUCUACAUUUCUAGUCACCAAAGAAUGUUCAAUGGAUCAGGAUUUUCAAAUAUCAACAAUUUUCAGUAAGAGGAUAGAAAAACAGAGGAGCUUUCAGGAAACACAUCAAGUGAAACAUUCCAGAGACACAGAAAUAUUUGUUAAAUUACUCCAAAUAGCUGACUCCAAAAGAUUCAACAUUCCCAUGUCACAAUUGGGAGGUACACAGGAGUUACAAACAAAAAAUAUGAAACAAGCUGAUAUUAGAAAUAUGUUUGUGAAAUCUCAAAGCUCCAAUGAUUUCGUGAUACCCAGUACUCAGGCACCUAAAACCUCUUUGUCACCUGGUAUGGAAGAAAACAGUACAUUCGGCUCACGUGAAUUGUUCAAUGAAUUAUCAAACUUUUUGUCUAUUGAAAUGACUGAUUUGAACAGAGGAUGCAAACUUUGUUUAGGAGAGAGGGAUUGUGAAAAAUAUACUCUUAUACGGAAACCUACAGCUAAGUUGAAUUGGAUAGAACUUGAUGAAUCUGUAUUUUCUACUGUAACUAAAAAUGACCUCAAAUUAUUCCAAAAGUCAAUGGAUAAAGUAGAAACUGAGUUUGAAUUAGAAGAUACUCUCGAUUUUGGUAUCAUAAACACACCCAAAGAGCCAGAAGAAGUGAUGGAAUUGGAGGAUCUCAUAGAUAACAGCAUUUUGAAUGGUAUUUUCAAUAAAACUUGUAAUUUUGAGGCACCAAAAAGUCUGGACAAUCUCAUGAAAAAAUUCAGCACUUCAAUCGCAAAUGCAGAUCUGUCUCAAAUAGAAUCACAAACUAAAUCUGCCGUUGUGAAUGAAAACAUCCAAACUGAAAAUCAGCCUCCCAAUGUUGAGGAAAUUCUAGCCUUCUUCCUAUUAACAUCUGUUGAGGAUAUUUUCGAGAAUUCAAAUGAUAUUGGUAGUUCCCAGUGUACAAUAAUCUACUCCCCAGACAUUUUUGAACCUAGCCCUACAUUGCCUACUACAAAAAUCGCUACUACUCCCCCAAAUGAAGUAGCAACUCUGAGUAGUGAUGAAGGUUCUCCCAUUUUGGGGACAUUCCAAGUGAAAAGAAAGAAGAAGAAUCACAGUCAAAUCGUCGCAAGGAACUUGAUGAAAGAUCGCAAUCUGAUAGUAGAUUCGCCAUCUGAUUUCACCAUGAAUAAAACGAAAUUGAGUAGUACUCCAAUGAGUGCAUCUCAGAAGGUCCAAGAAAAAAUACACCAUAGCGCCAAAUCAAGUAUUAGUACUGAAAGUGACACUACUGCUUUGAAACAAGCUGAGGAACAAGAUAUACCUCUGAAAAGUACUACUGAUUCAAGCUUUCAAAAGACUGAUUCAAUUUCUGAAAUUGAAGAUAUUUGUGAUGUCUCAUUCCUUGGGUUAACUGAAUUAGCAGAGAAUUUCGAAAAUAAAAUCGUCAGUCCACAAAAACCAUUGACUCAAAAAGCCAAUCAAGCAAAAGAUACUAACCUUUCAGAGAUCAUUGAAUUAUCAGAUUUCUGUGAUUUAGAAGAUUUUGUGGAUGCCUCAUUUGUUGAUAAUCCACGAAAUGGCUUUGAAAAAACUCAAGAGACCCAUAAGACUUUGAGACCUCCGUCUCCAUCACAAGUAACCAUCACCCAAAUGAUUUCCCUAGUAAACAAAGAUAGUGACAGUUUUGAACUGAAAAGUAGUUCAAAUGUAUCACAGGAACAAUCAGAACUUCCUAGGAAAACCAGGACUGAUUAUAUCAAAACUAGUUCUACUGACAGUGGCUGUUUUAUAUUGAAUAAUCCUGUGAAUACAUCAAGACUUAAUCCAUUUCUUAAGAAUAACAAUGUGAAAAACUUGCCUGCUGAUGGUAAAUCAAAAGUACCGCUAGCAAAUCAGAUUAUUGCUAAAAAUAAACCAUUGCACCUGUUCGGUUCUAGAUCUGGUAGUUCAAAUGUACCCAAGGACACUAAAGCUGAUGUACAGUUGAAAAAUAAACCAAAGGGGCAAACACCAAGUGGGCCGUCGAAUAGUUCCCAAAAAGAGAACAUGGACGCUACUUUGGACAUAGACGACUCGGAUCUAUUUGAUUUCAGUUUCAAUAAUAAGAGGUCCACUGGUAAAAAGACUAAUAAUGUUUCGCCUGCUAAAAGGAAUUCUCUCAACAAAAGUGGCGAUUCUCCUAGUUUGGUGAAAAAUGUAGACGAGUCUAUCAAGAAGUUGUCGCUGAAUAUGUCCAUACAAUGUGUUCCUAGUGAUGAUGACUUUGAGACGCAUCCUUGGAUAAAACCAAAAGCUAAAAUUGUGAAGAAAACAUGUUUUGGAGGAGAUAAACCUACUGGGCACUGUUCGAAAACUGUCAGUAAACCUAAGAAGAAGAGAAAGAGGAUUGGGAGGCAAUUUGUAGAAGAUGAAGCAGAACUGUCCUUAUGUGAUGGAUUCAAUGUUUCUGAGGAUGAAGAUGAUGAAGAGAAUCAAGAUUGUUAUGAACCUAGUUUUGUUGCUGAUGAAACCCACUACGUUGAUACCCAAAUGCACAUAAGAUAUCUCCAGUCAGUCAGGAGUCCAGUUCUUCCAAGUAAAUUUAGGAGUCAUAGAAAAACAGUUCCUAAUAUUGAUGUGUAUUCUCAGGAAGUGGAUAGAGAGAAUGAUACAUACCUAGAUGAUUCUUUUGUGGUUCAUGAGGAGAUAGAGGAAACAAUAGCGAGCCAAGCUGAACUCACGGAAUUGGAAAUAUUGGAAAAGAAAUUGGAAAUGCGGCGUAAGAAAAGAAAAAAAUCGGAUGGCGUCGAUAAUCCAGUUAAGAAGAGAAGAAGAAUCGUUAUCGAGGAGAGUGAUAGUGAUUAGUGUCAAUUGUUUGUUUAAAAGUGAUGUGUUGAUAUAUUAUUUUGUAAUUAUGUAUAUAUAUUUCCUUUUUAUUAUCAGAGUUAUAUAUAUUAAUAUUAUACAUGCAGGCAUAAGAAUUGAAACGUAUUUUUGAUACUUUUGAAUAAUAUAUUCUAUUUUUUUCCAAAAAAUGAAAUAAAACAGUUGUUUUUAACA